AUUGCUCCCAAGUUACCUUCAGGUGUAAAGCAGCUUAACAUUAUUCUUCCACAGACAGUUGCAUGGGAAAGAAAUUUAUCUUUUCUUUACCGUUUCUUUAGGCUCUGAAAUACCUUCAUGAUGUGAGAUGGGUUUGCAUAUUUCUUUCUGCUGUAAAAUGUGGCAGUAUUCGGCAGCUUUAAGCUAGAGCCUUCUGGUUGUUGUGAGUAGUAAUGAAAUGAGGACACUUGACACUGAAUGCCUUUGCUAUGGGUUUUGCUUCCUUCUGGAAUGUCGGUGAUGCAUUAACAGGAGUGCAGUGCAUCUAUAACUCAUGGGCAUGGCUCUUGACCUAGCAGGUUGAGAACAGCUCCCAUGCAAUUCCACAACUGCACAGAUGCUCAGUUACUUUCCUGUUGCACCUUGCCAAAGCCAUGGUCUGCAUGCAGGAAGAUGGAAGAACACUGACUGAAUUUGGGUGCCAUUUGUAAUGAUGUGUUUUGGUUUUCUAAUCACAGGCUAGGCUGCUCUUGUAGCUGAGUAGCAUCAUUUGGUGGGUGACUGCAAUUUCAAAAUUAAAGACUGAGGAAGGAGGUAGCCUGCAGUCAAAAAAUCAAUCUUUUUAAGGUACCAAGGAGUGGUAUCAACUGCUUUUGAAUUUUACCCUUCUAUUUACUGAGAGCCAAGAAAGGCAGAGGCCAGUGUACUAACCUGCAGUUUCAGGGCAGCCUAAUAAAAAGUAUCAUCAGCAGUCCCGAGAGAAUAAUUGCAUUGCUGUGCUUGGCCAUUUGAACUGUGUGACUGCUAAUAAAGAGAAGAUUAUUACAAGAAAGAGGAAAACCUCAUGAAUUCUGAGUUGUGGGAUUUUAAGAUGUGAUUCCUGUUCACCAUUUCUUGGUUUGGAUAUUUGUGCCAUUAUCUUUUUGAGGUUUAUUUCAAUUAAACCAGUGCAUUUCUCCUUUUAGUUGCAGUUCUAAUGAGUAUUUUCUUCUAGUCUUGGUUAAUUAGAUACCUGUACAACCCUUUUUCCUGAUUCCAAGUUGUUAAGUUUCAACCCAUCUGCUCUUCUGGCUGCCCUCAAUCCUCACAGGUUUUGUGACCCAUGUACCAUCUCAUCUCAGAUGGAGCUGGAGGAAGCCUUCCGUUUGUAUUGUCAAAACAGAGACGAAGGGUUGAUUAUUCAUGUGUUCCCAAGCACUCCAGAGAAGCCUGGCAUGCCUUGUCCAGGAGAAGACAAAUCAAUCUACCGCCGUGGAGCCAGAAGAUGGAGGAAGCUGUACCGAGUGAAUGGGCAUUUGUUUCAAGCCAAACGUUUUAACAGAAGCGCAUAUUGUGGCCAGUGCAGAGAAAGGAUAUGGGGUCUCAGAAGGCAAGGCUACAAGUGUAUCAACUGCAAGCUCUUGGUCCAUAAACGUUGUCAUAUCCUUGUUCCACUGACCUGCAAGAGGCAUAUGGAUUCGGUCAUGCCUUCCCAGGAACCUCAGUUAGAUGAUAAAAAUGAUGAAGUUGACCUCCCUUCAGAAGAAACUGAUGGAAUUUCCUACAUUCCUUCAAACCGGAAACAUGACACUAUUAAAGAUGACUCUGAGGAUAUCAAACCAGUCAUUGAUGGAAUGGAUGGGAUUAAGAUUUCUCAGGGGCUUGGACUACAGGACUUUGACUUGAUCAGAGUUAUUGGACGUGGAAGUUAUGCCAAAGUUCUUUUAGUUCGGUUAAAAAAGAAUGACCAAAUCUAUGCUAUGAAAGUAGUGAAGAAGGAGUUGGUCCAUGAUGAUGAGGAUAUUGAUUGGGUACAGACAGAGAAACAUGUGUUUGAACAAGCAUCCAGUAACCCAUUCCUAGUUGGUUUACAUUCAUGCUUUCAAACAACAAGUCGAUUGUUUCUUGUCAUAGAGUAUGUCAAUGGGGGAGACCUCAUGUUUCAUAUGCAACGGCAAAGGAAACUUCCAGAAGAACAUGCAAGGUUUUAUGCUGCUGAAAUUUGUAUUGCUCUAAACUUCCUUCACGAACGAGGCAUCAUCUACAGAGACUUAAAACUAGACAAUGUUCUUUUAGAUGCAGAGGGUCACAUCAAGCUAACAGAUUAUGGCAUGUGCAAGGAAGGUUUGGGCCCUGGUGACACUACAAGCACUUUCUGUGGGACACCAAAUUAUAUUGCACCAGAGAUCCUCAGAGGAGAAGAAUAUGGGUUCAGUGUGGACUGGUGGGCUCUCGGGGUGCUGAUGUUUGAAAUGAUGGCAGGAAGGUCUCCAUUUGAUAUUAUUACUGACAAUCCAGACAUGAACACUGAAGAUUACCUCUUCCAAGUUAUUCUUGAGAAGCCAAUCCGGAUUCCAAGGUUUCUUUCUGUCAAGGCUUCCCAUGUGUUAAAAGGAUUUUUAAACAAGGACCCCAAAGAGAGGCUUGGUUGUCAGCCACAGACAGGAUUCUCUGAUAUCAAGUCUCACACGUUUUUCCGCAGCAUAGACUGGGACCUGCUGGAGAAGAAGCAAGCCAGCCCUCCCUUUCAGCCUCAGAUCACAGAUGACUAUGGCUUGGAUAACUUCGACACACAGUUCACCAGUGAACCUGUGCAGCUGACCCCAGAUGAUGAGGAUAUAAUCAAGCGAAUAGAUCAGUCAGAGUUUGAAGGAUUUGAAUAUAUUAAUCCCUUGUUGCUGUCAACAGAAGAAACGGUAUGAAGGAGUGACACCUUAGCUGGGGACAGUGUGAAUGACCUUUCCAUUUAUCCUUAACUACAGUAUAUGCAUGCGAGGCUGGGGACUGUAAGAAUUUGGAAGGAGACCAAUGAUUAAAAACAAAAACAAAUUGCUGCUGAAAAUCAAAGAAGAGAAUAAUGAUUUUGGUGGGUGUCUUCUGCCACUUAGUGAUUCUUAAGUUCUGGGCACUGACACAACUGGCUUCAUUAAUGAAGGAAUUUGCAUUUUUGUGCCUGUUUUGAUGAAGGAUUAAAAUGUUCAUUGCAUCAGGAGAGCCUGAAAAAAACUUUGGAGAUCCACAAGAGUUUCUACAGACAUUGGAUGCAAUGAGCUACCAAUUGAAGAAUAUUUCAGUGUAACAUCCUGAAGAAUAAAAUGUAUUACGGUGGUGUUGAAGCUUA